UUUAUAUUAGUUUUGUAUUAUUGAACAACUUUACAGGAAUGCAUUGUCAUCAAAAUGCAACAACUAUUUGAUGGUAGUCUUUUGUUUUGAUAAAUUCAUUGACACAUUCUCCUUUCCUUGCUCUACAAUUAACCAUGGAGCUUCACAACCAGUUUUCCAACUUUACCUUAAUGGCAUCUUUUCUCUUUCUUUAUCUGCUAUUCAAAAUAGUUAAAAGAAGGAGUACUUCUAAGUAUUCUAACGCCAAUUUACCACCAGGACCAUGGAGACUGCCCUUCAUAGGGAACAUACAUCAGAUUAUUAGCAGCCCAUUGCCUCAUCAUUCCUUCAAAGCUUUGGCACAAAAGUAUGGUCCUUUGAUGUACCUAAAACUUGGUGAGGUACCAUACAUAAUUGUUAGUUCACCAGAAAUGGCCAAAGAGAUUCUGAAAACACAUGACCUCAGCUUUUGUGAUAGGCCAAAUCUUAUGUUGUCCACUAUAUUUGGUUAUAAUAAUACUGAUAUUAUAUUCUCUAUAUAUGGAGAGCACUGGAGGCAACUACGAAGGAUAUGCGUUAUAGAGCUAUUGAGUGUAAAACGAGUCCAGUCAUUUAGGUCUAUAAGAGAAGAAGAGGUGGAUGAACUUGUUAAAUCAAUAGCUACAAGUGAAAGAUCAAUUGUUAAUCUUUCUCAUAAGAUUUCCGAAAUGACGCAUGGGAUAGUGGCGAGGGCAGCUUUUGGGAAAAGGAGUAAAAAUGAACAUGCAUUCAAGUCAGCAAUUGAUGAAAUAGCAAGUUUGUUGGGGGGAUUUUGUAUUGCUGAUUUAUAUCCAUCUAUUAAAAUGCUUCGAUGGAUGAGUAUGGCCAAGACAAAAUUUGAAAAACUCCACAAAAAGAUUGAUAAGAUAAUGCAAGAUAUUCUCGAGGAUCACAAAAGCAUUCACAGGGGAGUAAGCAAGGAUGAGAAUAUAGUUGAUGCUCUUCUCAAGAUUCAAAAGGAAAAUGAGCACACACAACAUCGCGUGACUGACAUAAAUAUAAAAUCCAUCAUCCUGGACAUGUUUGCUGCUGGUACUCAUACAACAUCAGGGAUUACGUCAUGGUGUAUGUCUGAGAUAGUAAAGAAUCCAACAGUAAUGGAAGAAACGCAAGCUGAAGUAAGAAGAGUGUUUGAUAAAAAAGGGUUUGUAGAUGAGACAGAGUUGCAUCAACUGAUAUACUUAAAGUGUGUCAUCAAAGAAACACUAAGGUUGCAUCCUAUUGCACCUAUGUUACUUCCAAGAGAAAGUAGGGAGAAUUGCAAAAUAAAUGGGUAUGAUAUCCCAGCUAAGACAAGGGUCAUGGUUAAUGCUUGGGCUAUUGGAAGAGAUCCAAGGUAUUGGGUUGAAGCUGAUAAUUUUAAACCCGAGAGGUUUCUUAAUAGCCCAAUUGAUUUCAAAGGCAUUGACUUUGAAUUCAUACCAUUUGGUGGUGGAAGGAGGAUUUGUCCAGGACUUGCAUUUUCCAUACCGAGUAUUGAGCUAUCUCUUGCUAAAUUACUUUACCACUUUAACUGGAAGCUUCCAAAUGAUAAGAAGAAUGAAGAACUAGAUAUGACAGAGUCAUUUGGGAUUACAGCAGGUAGAAAACAUGACUUAUGCUUGAUUCCUAUUAUUCGCCGUCUUUGAUAUGUUUUGCUUCAGCAAAUAAGUACACAAUGUGUUAAAUUUUCCAUAAAUGAAUAUGAAUAUGAUGUUUAUAAUAAAGCUUGUAAGCUAUCAAAGUAUGGCUAAUGAAGUAUGGUUCCACAAUGUUGUAUGAGACAUUAAUCCGAGAAAAGUGUUUUUUUAGAUUGUUAAGGAAGUAAUUCGCCUGAAAUAAGCUGCAAAUGUAAAGGAUGGUCGUGUGACGUGUCUACCUCUCUCAUGUUUUCUUCUCUUAGGAGGUAUGUCUCGCCUGAGGCUUCAGAUUAGACAGGAUUGUUGGUUGCUUGGCUUGUUAAUUUCUCUUUUCCUUUUGGUUUUGUUGCUUCUCUCUUUGAUUUGUUUUAUCAACCAGAGGUUUUGUAGAAUUUAAUUUGUUGUUCAUGCACACUAUUAGUGCUCUCUGUUCCUGUUGUAUGUAAAUUUGUAAUUACAAUGCUUAAAUAAUGGAGUAUUACUUAUAUGGAGAGAGAACAAUAAACUUAAUAGGCUUUGCCUAAUUGGUCUUAGACUAUUAUUACAAAUAACUAUUUUCUUUUUUUA